UUGAUAGAAGAAUGUCUGUGGAUCACAUUGGGCUACUUUCGUGCGCCCUACAAUUUUGAGGUAAAGACUGGUGCCUUUUUCCUGCUCUAUGGCUUGUACUCGACUCAGUUCUUUGUGCCUAAAGUCAGGAUCAGGUGUACCCUAAACAACUGGGAAGAACUGAACUGUUUCAUCAAGGAAGCCAUGUCUAAAGAGAUGACCGAUGUUGAAUUUAUCUUCCAUCGACUGUGUGUUUUGAAAGCCUUCAUUUACGUCGCUUCUCCAAACAAUGUCUUUCAGAGAGAAUACUCUUACGAUUCCUCUGAGGAAAUGGUCAAAACUCUCUACAAUAAACAAACCCCAGCCAUCGAAGAACUUUUCAAUACAGAAAACGUCCAGGAACUCUCAGCUUUACAUAAUCAGUAUCAAAGAGUCAAAGGUCUGCUGUAUGAACCAUCUUCAAUUGAAUUCCAAUCCAUAAACCUGCUUGAGAUAAACCCAGCCACCAAUAUUAUGAAAAUCUUAGAAAAAUUCCACACAGAGAAAGAAAGUUCAACUAAGAAACACAAGGCAGAAGAAACAAUUCUUAGUCGGAGGAAGAAAUUAAAGUAUCGCUCAUACGGCCUCGUUGAAUCUGAUGACGUACAACCAAGCACAAGUAGCGCCACAGCCACCCGACAACCCAGUACAAGCGGCAGAAUCUCUGCAUCAUUCCGCAUUCUUCAGUCGGCUGCAAAAGCAAGAGGCACUGGUUCCCCAACAUCAGAUGAGGAUGCUGGCUAAUGCUGUUGUCAGCAGUGUGGGCCACAUGUGGAUUGGUGGACAUGACAACACAACAUUCAAGCUAAUGGUGGAACCUGUACAUGGUCACACAACCUGUUAGAAAGAUCAGCCAAAUCACCUUCAAUGUAAACUCAACCAUUAUCAAAAAGGAAGUACAUAUCAGAUGAUGUGGUUCUCGAUACACUGUCUGAAACAGCAAAAUACAUCAGGGAUGGUCACAUUUGGAAUGCCUUUUAUUAUAAGCUUUCUUGGAUCAUGAGUGACCGAGUACUAGAAAUACUUAAGUUAAUUUUUUGGCUCAAAAAGCAAGGCCAUGUAGGGGGACAUGGAGUUAUGUACGGGGAGGGUGUUCAUGCAAAGAGUUCAGGCCAUUUCUGGUCAAGAGAGACUUUGAACCGAGCGGU